AUGGGCCAGAUUGGGAAGGGCGGUACGAGGGUGAGACUUGGCGUUGGUGUUUUGGAACAUCAAAGAUGGACAGGGUUUUCGCGGAGGUCGCUCCUCGGAUAUCUCCACAACUACAGGUCGGGGGUCUUCCAAAAUCAAGAAGAUUGGUGCAUAUGGCUAGGUUACUUCACCUUACAAUUUGUAUGGCACUCUGGCCCGGGGUUGUGGUGUGGUAGGGGAGAACGGGGGAUAAUCCCACACAGGAGCUUCGAACAACGUCCGGUUCAUGUUUGGCUGGAUAACUCCACCACCACACGGGGUAUGCGGUCGGCGAUGGGGUCAAAAUGCUUGUAUGAUCGAGGGCUUUUCGAUGGAUCUAUCGGCGGGUUCUUAUUCGAAAAAUCGAGCGAGUUCGUGGUGGAGCGGUUGUAUUCAACAUUAGAUAGUAGUUUCAUACUGUCUUAG